UCCUUCGCCUCAAGCCACCAAUCAGACAUUCAGGCAUAGUUAUCCACCCAGAGGGCGUAGCGAUGUGCCUAUCAAAGUUACUGUCCGGGAUGGGCCCACAACAGCAAAUGUGGCCCCUUCCGUUGUGCUUAAGGAGAGCACGAUUAAGGCAGAAGAGAGACAAAGAAUGGCCCAUCCCACUGCAAAAUCCACUGCCUCCUUUAUAUCUACCCUCUCUACCAUGAACCUCAGCAGCGGACCGCUCCUGACUCGGCCAACUGCCUCUAGGCCGAGGACUGACACAGCCAGCCUGGCAUUCAACAGUGCUUUUGCAAAGGAAGGGCUCCCUACUAAAGGACCGACCCUUCCUCCAUCCAGCAGUAUCACUGACUCUGCACUGGUGGAGCCAGCGACUGCGAGAAAUUCUCAGAAGGGGCCAAUCACAAAAGAAUUAAUUGGUGAUUGGCAGGAGGUGGGAUCAGGAGCCGUUCCAACAGUGAUGCAUGUAGACAAAGAAUCACCUGUUCCUUUGGCAACUGUUGGUAAUGACAUGGCCCAGUUUCGGCCACAGGCACAGACUGCCGUUUCCGAGGGCCCAUCAUCUGAAAUUGUAGGUGUAAGGACACACACAACGGUCAGUCGGACUGUGAAGCCCCAUCUGUCUGCACUGACUUCAGCCAACAGAAUCUCCUCUAUGACACCAUCGGAGACAAGAGCCACACUCUCACCUGUGACUCCCCCAGCAACUGCUCAAGAAGUACUAUUAACAGGUGAGCUCACUGCAACCACUCCUUCCACAGACAGAACUUUACCGAAGCAGGAUUCCACCACCGUGACAUCAUCACCAUCUAAAACCACCACCACCAAUUCAGCCAAUAAACAUUCACGGAUGGGAGGACCGCUGGUUACCACCCAUAGUCUGACCAGUGCCCAGCCGCAUACCCUGACAAAGGGAGGAACUGCGUCUACGAGCAGCGUGCUCACCACUACACAUGGAAGCACGAGUGCAUCUUCUAAAGCAACCUAUCCGCCUACAAAAACAACACAACAAGGGAGAAAUACUACUACACCUGCAGCAAGUGCCGCUUUACAGCCAAGGAAGACGGGGAAUUCUUCCCUCCUCGCUACUGCUGUUGUGCUUGUUGGCCGAGGAAGGCUAGCUCCGACCUACCAGGCCGGUAUUGGUCAGGAAAACCGCUCUGUGUUGCUGGGACAUCCUCACCAGGCGCCCUCAUUCUCUCCAUCCAACCCACCACCCUCCAUCAGCACCAUUCCCUCCUCUAAUGGCACGCUGCUCUACUGGGAUGACCUUAAACGGACGCUGGCAUUUGCCUGGGAACUCCACGUCUACGGCUCUGCCAGCCUCUUCCUCCUCCUCUUUGCUGGCGCCGCUCUUGGUCUCAUGCUCUCCCCAGGCAUCAACUGUCCUCACAGGGGCGCUCUGGCUCUGGCUAAUGCCCUGUUGUUUCUGGCUGGAGGUAUCAGGGCAGCUCUCUUCCUCAUCGACCCCUAUGGUACACGACGCCUCCUCCCUCGUCCAGCAAUCAUUGCCCUGUACAACCUCCCUCUGCACAUGCUGGUGUGGGCGCAGACUGCCCUGGCACUGUUAGCCUUGAGGGUGGCUGGGGUGAGUGUGUUACCAUCAACCAUAGAGCGCCCUCCACUGGUUGCUGUGUUGGCAGUGCUGCAGUGCACCCUUCUGCUGGCGGCUGAUCUGUUUUCGCCGGCCCUUUCCCCAGCUGUGCCCAUCACCCUGCAGGUCCUGUCCCUAUGCUGGGGCCUGGCUCUCUGUCUGGGUUUCCUCUGCUAUGUCUUCCCGCGGCUCCGUUGUCCAGCUGUACCCCAUCCCGGCGGCCCCGAAGAUGGCAGAGGAAAGACCUGGAGUGGGAGCAGGAAGACAGGACUGAUCCUGGGGAGAGUCCUGGCUGUGUGUGCGCUUCUGGGGGCACUGUGCUGUGGCCUCCAUGUCCACGCCACACUAUGGCUGUUUGGGCUGUUAGGGAGCUGGAGUAACUUUAACUGGGGGUGGUGGCUUGUGCACUUCUGGGCCCGGCUGCUGGAGCUAGCCUGGGGUUUCUCCCUCCUGCUCCUGGGUUCCUGGGUGUUCUGGAGGCCUCAGGACAGUCAGCGAGUGGAGGAAGGAGGAACGGCGGAUGGUAGGGCUGGAGGAGAUCUGCCAUCCCCAGGCCAAUCUUCCAGCUCCACUCACAGACACACUUGCUGGUCCAAGAUAGUGCAGAGUCUGCGAGGGAAGCCCUGCAGAAAGUCUGAGAGUAAUGGAGUUGGGGGAGGAGGGGGAGCAGGAGGAGCACCAGGGGACUUGCCUAACAACUGGGCUGGCCAGGAGCGUCCUGGAGCCGACAUUACCAAGAGUCUGAUCCGAAACCAGAAUCACGAGCAGGCCAGCGCGCAGCCACGCUGUGUCAAAGAUAGCAACCGGGCACGCAACCAGAGGGCCCGUUCAGCGGAGCGAGGUGUGUCCGACGGCUCCACUGGCUCCCUGUUGAGACUACAGGCAUUAGGGCGGCCACCUCAGUCCUCACAGAGUGGCAGUCUGGAACAGGACACGGGGCUGUCUCUAUAUGAGUUUGAUUUGCGGCCCCCCUCUCCCAUUGACCUGACCCGCAGUAUUGAUGAGGCCCUUCACAGGGAACACUUACUAGGAGGAGGCAGCCUGUUCCAUCCUCUGUCCCCGCCCUCACCGUCCCCCUCUCCAGGCUCAGGGAUCAGCCAAGGCCCUUGGCUCCGCAGGAACAGUGACCCACAGAUGCUCUCCGAGAGCAGUGAGGCCCAGACGGAGUCUUCCAUGCCUCUAGGGGGCAGCAUUCUCAGCAGUGUGCCCAGCAGGCAGGUGACUGCUCCCCCAACACCUUCCCACCAGGAUCACAGAUGGCCUGGGGAUGGGGUAGGAAGUGUCCCAUCCUCAGUGUCCUGCCCUGUGUCACUUCGUCCAUCCAGGACCUCAACAGGGCACCUGGGGGAGGAUGGAGGAGAUGACACGCGGCCCUUCAUCACCCCGGACUCGGAGAGGGUGCGAGGGAGGGCUGGGAGGCCGUUGGGGUCACGGAAUUACCUGGAGGUCAGCCGACAGGAGGACUCCGCCAGUGUUAGCAGUGAAAUAAUUGACCUUUAAACUCUGAACCACAACCCAAGACAUGAGGACCAGAGACAACACACCAUGCACAUCCAUGCAUCAACACUGUAACAAAGACCUGGAUUAGAGUCAGAUAGGUACAUUUGCUCAGCGGACCAUCCAAAAUUAUUUUUUGAGUUGAGGAUAAAAUAGACAUGUAAAUGGUCUUUUAGCUUUUACGAAGGUUCAGCCCCUUUGUAUAACAGCCAUUGCUUACCUUUUACUUAAAAAGUGGGAGAUAUAGCACAGAUAAGGAACAAAAUGAACCCCAUCUGUCCCUCUCUUUCUCUCUGAUGCCAUCUUUUUGUUUCCUUCAAGCAAACACACACUUUUACACCAUUGGUCAGGCGUUACGUCAAGCACACAGGUAAAAUCAAUACAUUAACUGUAUCAGUAGGUCCUUAAGUAUGACUGGCUCAACAUUUGUGUCGGUAAUAAAUCUCAUGCUGCCAUAGUAUUGCACAUUAAAGAGAAACACCAGUAAUUUUUGAACUAAGCUCUAUUUUCCUAUCAUUAACGGUUAAGUCAAGCCAUGCCCAGCAGAAUCUUUUGUGAUCAAUAUUGUGAUAUGACACGAGAUAUCAUGGAGGAUUUUGGUUAUUCUAAUGUUGUGAUACAACUUAAACAUUGUAAUUCGCUUGUCUUAAAGGCCUCAUUACAGUAAAGUGAAGCAAUUUUCUGAGCUUAUUAGAUUCUUUAAGCAGAGUGAAAUGAACAGUGAAUGCUUCUACCUGCCUGGUCAUCAUAUCAGCAUCACUGACUGAUGCUCCUUUCUCAAUAUUUCCUUGUGUGUAACUAUCUCAUGAAUGAAAGGACCAGUAGUUAUCCACAAAAUAUCAUCACAUAAUGAUAUCAAGAUAGUCAGUCAAAAAACUUAUAUUUGAUUUUGUCAAUAUUGCAGAGCCCUGCUGCUACUCAUCGCUUGGUUUGACGCCUGACGAUAGGAAAAUAGGCCUUAGGAUAAAAAUACCAGACUUUCCCUUAGAGCCAUGCAUUUAGUUUAGCUUAUACUGUAGUACAUACAGGCCUACUAUUAUUUUAUCCUCCCUCUGGAACCAAGCUGAGAACUACAGAGGGUUUGAAGAGGGGUCGGUUUUUUAUGAAUCGUGUUCUUAAUGCCUGUAGGGCACAUCCCUGUUGUCCCUGUGUUCCCUGUGACAAAUUUACAUGACAGCGGCAGACUUUUGCAGAUUUCAUAGCGCUAAUGUGCUCUGCAUAAUAUUUCAAUUUGCAUAUAUUUGAGUUGUGAAGAUGUGCCAUAUGUAGUCAUCUGUGGUUGGUUCCAUAUUGUUUCCAUGUGUCUGUGAACCGAUUACGUAGGGAUAACGCUCUCCAACGGUCUCUCACUGUUACCAUAGUGACUCAGCCAUGGAUUACUCAUACUGGGCUCGCAAGAUGCUGCAGUCUGUCCUCUAUAUUAAUAUGAAGAUGAUUACGUAAUAAGGUGAGAAAAAUAACUGAUAAGAGACAGGGCUGACAUGCAGAAAGCAUGCUGACCUAUGAAACUGUUGCUGAGGCCUUUAGCUGUGGCAAAAAAAAGUAAAGUCUUCAGAAUGGGAUUUGAAGACAGUCAAUAAUGGCUAUAAUGCAUUUUGCCUUUGUGAUUUUGAGGUAGGAUAAAGCUUUUGCAUUCAGUUAUUUUUUUUUACCAUGGAAGCCUGUGACUGCAUUUGUAUAGCAUUGCAUAAUUUGACCAAGGGCAUUAGAUAUACUCAAGAUCCUGUCAGUUCAGUUCAACCGAUUUAAAACUUGGUCUAUUUUAUCUCUAAUGCCACGCAGCUCUGCAGGGCUGCACCACAUAAGACUGGCUUAGCAUGAACCUCAGAGCUCCGAUACAAGGCCCUCAACUCCAAGCCCGAGGUCUAGACUGAUGUAUUUUACUCAGAGAGAAAGACUCUACGAACUAAAAUAUAUGGUGUAUAACAAAACUGUAAAUACUUUUAUUUUUAAUGUCCAGCAAUCCAAUUCUAUAUCGAAAAAGUAGGUAUUUACUGUGCAAGACAAUCUAAAAUGGCAUUGCGGAUGUUUCUGAAGUAGGACAAUGGUUAUCUAUGAGAAUGAACAUGCAGGACAAUAUGCAUUGAUACGUGACUACAGAGGUUUUGUUAAGGACGCUGUUAGAUGUUCUUAAAAUGGUGUUUGCUGCUUUUUAGUAAUGGGGAAUCAAGUUCUGUAAGACUUUGAUUUCUUGUUAAAUUUCUGCUGCCAUUAAGCAUUUAUGAAUAGAUUGGAAGUAAAGAAAUAUGUUUCUUCAAAUGAAAUCAUUCAUAGCCUAUACAGUAAUUCAUUUAAAACUGGUUAUAGGCCCUGAAAAUGUCAAAGCUGAACUUCCCCUGGACCUAAUAUAAGAUGUGAAAUACCUGUAUUAAAAAAGGAGAUGUUUACCCUCAGAAAUGGUCCCUGGCAUGAGAGUAAAUGUUAUAUUAGGUGUCACUAUUAAAGGUAUGUGUCCCAGUACAAACUUUGCCAUUGAAAUAAUUCUGGGGGGACAGAAUUGAGGACAGAAUCACAUGCAGCUUUAAGAUAUUAGUCAUGAAUUUUGGGUAGCAUUUUUCUCAAAAUUCAUAUGAAUUGUGUUGGAGAACUGAAUCUCUUCCUUUGUACCGUUGCUCUUGAAGACAGCAGGUCCAUGUACGACAAGUCAAGUUGCUCUUUAGUUACCUCAGGGUGACUUAUGGAUCCCUCCCUACCAUGUAAGAUGCUUAAAUUGUUUAGUAUUUGCAGUACAAUGGCCUUGUUAUGUUGUCUACAUUCCAGUAACUCUAUUGAGGCUCCACUGUAUCAAUACUUGCCGUUACUUCAUAGUACUUCAUAACCGGGUUGGUACCUCCAGUAGAUGUUGAAAGUUUAGGAGCCAUUAGUGUCGUUUCCCCACACCAACACACGGUAUGUGCCACAGAUACUGACAGCCUGCACCCCCCCCCCCCCCACCGCCUAUGGUCAGCAGUCCCAGUGCAGAGGCACAGUGUUAGUCUUACUCAUUCAUUCUGCUUGUUGAACUUUGGUUCCUGUAUUUUUGUGCUGCAUCUUUGUCCGGUUUCAAAUAAACACGAGA